AUGCUUCUUUCACUCCGCGCUGGUCGUGCAAGUAGGCCAAGCGCAAGCUUUAUUCGCCUUGCAAAGUAUCGAGCCCAGAAGCCUCAACAUAUCCUGAUACCCUUUAGGCCAUGGCGAACAUAUUCCACCGAAGCAGAUGCUGCAAGGGAAGAGUCAGCCAGUACAAUUGGUCAACUCAAAGACGACCCGGAACUUCGAUUAAAUGAGAUAGGAGUACAACAAAUAAGUGGUUAUGUGUACUCUCAAAUAUUCGCGACGGAACAAUCGCCUCCUUCCCAAGAACUCAUAGAUCUCUCAAUGGAUCAUUUGCGAAGGCAUGAACUGUUUGGGAAAAACACCGACCAUGCCCCUCCAAUAUGCUUCGACCUUCCUGAACUACAUGGUGACACACUUGAUGAGCAUUUCUACAAAUUAGGUAUUGAUGCUUCCGAACCAUACUUGACAUAUGCGAAGGAUUUCGCCAAGGUGGAAACCCCUCCUCGGCCGCUAGAAUGGUCACAUCAAAGCGGAUGGACGAAAUACGGUGGCGAUGGUUCGAUGGAAAGCGUCGAGGCGCCAAAUGAGGAUAUGUUAUGUUUCGAUACGGAAGUUAUGUGGAAAGAAAGUUCAUUUGCCGUGAUGGCUUGUGCCAAUAACUUCUUGGACACUAUGUCAUUACACGUUGCUGUCAAUGGAAUGUGUUCACGUCAAAGACCAACAUGGAUGAAGCAUAGAAAAGAUCGAGAAUUACGCGAAAAGAUCGCUGCGGAGACGGACAAUGCGGAAUUAGCAUCAUUGCUAGGGCAAAGGUCUCUUAUGGAAGAGGAGGAAGCAGAAUUAUGGAUAGGCAGAAGUUCUGUCAAUUCAUUGAGGGAUGUUGCCAAAUUUCAUCUCAAUGUCACAAUCGACAAAGCGGAAAGAGAUGCAUUUGGUGAAUGUGGCCGCGAAGAAAUCAUGGCGAAGCUUGAUUCACUUUUAGAUUAUUGUGCAGCGGACGUUGACAUAACCCAUCGAGUUUACAAAAGAGUAUUUCCCAAUUUCAUCGAAACAUGCCCGCAUCCCGUCAGUUUCGCGGCGCUGAGACAUCUCUCAUCGGUAAUACUCCCAGUCAAUAGGUCAUGGGAAUCCUACGUCGCGAAUGCCGAAGCUACAUAUCUCAAACUGUCUGAUGCAGUGCAAGAGCGACUUCUUGCACUUAAAGAGAAGGCGUUGGAGAUCAAGGAUGAUAAACCGACAUGGAGUAAAGAUCCUUGGCUGAGACAGCUUGAUUGGUCCGGUCAAGAGAUCAAGUACCUGAAGAAAAGAACAAAGGACGGGGAUUUGAAGCCAGCUAAACAAAAGAUGGCUGGUAAGCCAAAAUGGUAUAAGGAUCUCUACCCAACAGCCGCUGGUCCUAUUAAUUUAUCGGUCCGCACUCGAAUCGCGCCGUUACUUCUACGCCUAGCCUGGGAUGGUUAUCCAUUAGUAUGGUCUGACAAAUAUGGCUGGACCUUCAGAGUCCCAAUUGAAGAGGCACAUAAGUAUACUGAAAAGCAGAUGCAAGAGUGUAAUGCAUUUGAAGCUCCUGAUAUGGCUCUACGAGACGAUACUUCCGCUGCUUACUUCAAAAUUCCGCACAAGGACGGACCAUUGGCAAGGUGUGGAAAUCCAAUGGCGAAAAGUUACAUGCAAUACUUCGAGAAAGGUAUACUUUCAUCCGAGUUUUCGUAUGCAAAAGAAGCACUUCAGAUGAAUGCUUCUUGUUCUUACUGGAUAAGUGCGAGAAGACGUAUACAGUCCCAGAUGGCUGUCUACGAGACGGACGGAGCAAAGGGCCCUGCAACAUCAGAAUCACAGUCGGAAUCACAUUCAGAAUCGCAAUUAGAAUCACAAUCAGAAAAUCAAUUAGAGUCCCAGAUGGCUGUCUAUGAAACAGAUGAAGCAAAGGGCUCGGCAACAUCAGAAUCGCAGUUGGUGUCGCAAUUAGAAUCGCAGUCCGAAUCGCAAUCGGAAUCGCAGUCAAAGCCACAGUUAAAAUCGCCGUCAGAGACGGGCUAUAUUUUACCACAGGUCAUUCCUAUGGGGACGGUGACCCGGAGGGCUGUCGAAAACACAUGGCUUACAGCAAGUAAUGCCAAGAAGAAUCGUGUCGGCUCAGAACUAAAAUCAAUGAUAAAGGCACCACCCGGUUAUUGUUUUGUUGGUGCAGAUGUGGAUUCUGAAGAAUUAUGGAUUGCUAGUCUCGUUGGAGACGCCCAGUUCAAACUACAUGGCGGGAAUGCCGUCGGCUUUAUGACUCUAGAGGGUACCAAAGCAGCUGGUACGGAUCUUCACUCUCGAACAGCGAGUAUCCUUGGUAUCACCAGGAAUGAUGCCAAAGUCUUCAACUACGGUCGGAUAUACGGGGCUGGUUUGAAGUUCGCGUCAACCCUGCUCCGGCAAUUCAAUCCUAGUCUUUCGGAAUCUGAAACUUCAGAGACUGCUGCCAAUCUCUAUAAAGCUACCAAAGGCGUGAAGACCAAUAGAAAAGCUCUCCAUCCCGGGCCCUUCUGGCGUGGGGGAACUGAAAGCUUUGUGUUCAACAAGUUGGAAGAAUUCGCAGAACAAGAAAAGCCACGGACCCCAGUUUUGGGUGCAGGAAUAACACAAGCCCUGAUGGCACGCUACGUUUCAAAGGGUGGCUUCAUGACAUCACGCAUCAAUUGGGCAAUUCAAUCAUCGGGGGUAGAUUAUUUACAUCUCCUCAUCGUAUCCAUGGACUACUUGAUUCGUCGCUACAAUAUCAAUGCCCGGCUAGCCAUCACCGUUCACGAUGAAAUCCGAUAUCUAGUUAAAGAUGAUGACAAAUAUCGUGCCGCAUUGGCAUUACAAGUAUCGAAUUUGUGGACGCGAGCUAUGUUUUCGCAACAAAUGGGAAUCAAUGAUUUACCACAAUCCUGCGCCUACUUCUCCGCGGUGGAUAUUGAUCAUGUUCUAAGAAAAGAAGUCGACAUGGAUUGUAUAACCCCUUCACAUGACACCGCAAUUCCUCCUGGCGAAUCAAUAGACAUCCAAAACCUUCUUCUCCAACCUACCGCGCGCCUCGAUCCUACCAUUGUCCCCACAGAUCCUCCAAACCCCUCCAUUAUUCCCUAUGAAUCCCGUAUUCCAGUCAUGGAAUCCCUUCAAAAAUCUACUGACUUAAUGUUCUUGAAAGCGCAAAUCACUUCUAGUGACCAAGAACUCAAGGAUAUUUUGAAGGAGAAGAAGAAAUUAGAUGGAAAGAACGCACCAGGGGAACGAAAAACUAGAAAAAAUGACGUUGUGCCAUAUCAUACGUAUGCGCACUUAAUGGAGGAACCCAUAAUGGUCAGCGAUGCGUUGAGAGUGGGAGAGGAGAGGAAAGGAGGCAAUGUACAAGAGAUUGGCAACCAUGACAAGAAUAUUCGCGUCAGCAUAGUCAUAUAUAUAUAUUGUUCGUCACCCAUCGAUGAGCAGACUUGA